AUGGCCGAUAUAAUCCGAGACACGGCCGUCGGCGCCGUGAUCCGUUUUGUCACACGGAAGCGACUGCUGCAAUAUCCAGAGGAACGGGCAGACUUUGAGCUGCCAGAAGUGUGGCAGCGGAUGCUCAACGGAGAGGACGUGCCACAGAAGGACGACGACACGGCGGUAGAGGAGAAGACGAUGCAGGACGGAAGGCCUGGCUCGUCGACAUCUUUGUCGUCGGCAUCCUUUGUCAAAGACAUCGAGAAUCGGGCUACCGGAUCGGACUCGGCAGCAGAGAAGAGAGAGGAGAGAGCAGGGCGGCAGUCGAUGGCCGAUGAGGAGCCGUAUGCGGCACUUCGACAGGCACCUACAGCUCGGUCGGGGACACAUGUGGUAGGCGGCACGGCAUUGCUACAACACAGCAAGUCGCGCGAGGAGACGCUGCCGUUCACGGAAGAGCGGCUGGAGACCAAGGACGGGCGGACAUUGGCCAUUGUGGUGGACUGGUAUGCCAGCGACGACAAGGCGAACCCGCAGAACUGGAGUCGACGGCGACGAUACGGCGUGACGCUUUUGAUCAGCAUCUACACCUUUGCCGUAUACACGUCGUCGGCCAUCUACACGACGUCGGAGGAGGGCGUGAUGGCAUCGUUUGGCGUCGACGCAACACAUGCAGCCCUGGGCCUGGCCCUGUUUGUGUUGGGCUACGGCACAGGACCAUUGCUGUCUAGUCCACUGUCGGAGAUCGCAUCCAUCGGCCGCAAUCCGGUCUACGCCGUGACGAUGAUCCUGUACGUGAUCGUGUCGCUGCCGACGGCGCUGGCCUACGGAAACCGCGACCACGGCCAUGCCAGCACCGGCACCUUUUCCGGGCUGCUGGCCCUUCGUUUCCUGCAGGGCUUCUUCGGCUCGCCGUGUCUGGCUUCGCGUGCCGCCUCGCUCGGCGACAUGUACUCGCUGCUCAACCUGCCGUUCGGCCUCGUGGCCUGGGUCUCGGCCGCCUUCUGUGGUCCUGCUCUCGGUCCUCUGCUGUCUGGCUACAGCGUUCCGGCCAAGGGUUGGCGCUGGUCGCUGCUCGAGAUCCUCUGGGCAGCUGCGCCCGUCUGUGUGGCUAUGCUCAUCCUGCUGCCCGAGACGAGCGCGGAGACGAUCUUGCUGCGCCGCACUGAGCGUCUGCGCCGUCUCACCGGCUCCGACCGCUUCCAGGCGCCGUCUGAGGCUCGUCAGUAUGCCACCGAGGACGCGGCGGCAGCUGCAGCUGUUCUCGCCGGCAAGCCACCACCACCUCCGAUCAGCCGCGCCGCUCGCAGCCGCGCCAUUCUCAUCGACGCCCUCAUCAAGCCGCUCGAGAUCACGCUCAAGGAUCCCGCCAUCCUCUUCGUCCAGGUCUACUCGGCCAUCAUCUACGGCAUCUACUACUCCUUCUUCGAGGCCUUUCCGCUCGUCUAUCCUCUGCGCUACGGCAUGACGGCAGGUCAGGUUGGCCUCGUCUUCCUCUGUGUCCUCGUCGCUUGUAUCGUCGGCGUCGCCAUCUACUGCUGCUACCUGGCCUUGUAUCUCAACCCACGCAUCCGGGCCUCUGGCAAAUUUCCACCUCCAGAAGAUCGCCUCAUUCCGGCUCUGAUUGCCGCCUUUGGCCCGACCAUGGGCCUCUUCAUCGUCGCCGGGACCGCCAACGAUGCUCCCCAUACGCCCUGGAUUGCGCCGACGAUUGGCAUCACCCUGUACGGCGCGUCCGUCUUUGUCGUCAUGCAGUGCAUCUUCGUCUACGUCCCGCUCAGCUAUCCGCAGUACGCUGCCAGUCUUUUUGCCGGCAACGACUUUUUCCGCUCCGCCUUUGCCUUUGGAUCCAUCCUCUUUGGCCGUCCGCUGUACAUCAACCUCGGCAUCGGUCGUGGCUCCUCCUUGCUGGGCGGUCUGUCCACGAUUGGCAUCAUCGGCAUCUGGCUGCUGUACUUUUACGGCGCCCGUCUGCACGCGCUCAGCAAGUUUGCUGUCGUGUACUGA